AGGGAAGGAGAAAACGUGGAAGAUGGCUUGGCUCAAGCUCACAAUACAGCUCUUCUUCCUCGGGGUCUCGCUGGUUUCACCCGCUUACUUCCAACAGCCCCCCUGCGAGAUUGUCAAGAAGACGGUGGCACGAGGCUCCUUCAAGCUGGACGUGGAACCUCUUUAUUACGAGCCGGGGGAAAUCUAUACAGUAUCUAUUAGCGGAGCACAGAAUGCCACCUCGGUUAUCUUACAAAUUGUGCCUCCUGAGCACACUUUUGGGGGCCUGUGGGAAGAGGAAAACCGACUGGUCAGCUGCAGUGCCAUGGAAAGCGUGAUGCAGAAAAACUUCUCCGGCCCUGGCACCAUGACCCGCUGGAUUUCCCCAAGCGCUCCCAGCACUGGAUCUGCGCAAAUAAGGGCCUUCGUCUCCUUUGCCAACGGGACCACCCUGCUGCAGACCAAGACCGUGGAAGGAGAGUUGGUCGCCUCAAGGUCAUCCUCGGUCCCCCAGCCAACCAGCAGCACCCCCAAGCCAGCUGUUCACAACAACCCUACUGACGGUCACCUCCACAUCAACUCCACUGUAGUCCACCAUAAUUUUGCAUCUUCCCACCAGUGGACAAAAAAUCCACACAGUUCAGUCUCUGUGGCCCAAGCCAGUUCAUUCCUUCUGGCCAUCAUGCAGCUUCUUUCCGUCUCUCUUGGAUACAAGCUUCUGGCCUAAGAUCUGCCCUCUUGCAAAGUCCAAAUGUUUGGAGCAUCCUCCCAUCUUUUCAGACAACCAGAAUGUAAAAACCGAUGGACUGAUUUUCUUGGGAACAAAAUAUCCCUCUGCACCCCCCCACAAAACAACCCUUCUUUCCCCGUCUCCCUCCCUCCCUCCCUCUCUCUUCUGCACCUCAGUGGCUGAUUCCAGAAACGUUUCAGCAGCUGUCUUGUCCCAAUCCAAAGAAAUAUGACCCAAGGUAUUGUAGUUCGAGGAAAAAUCCAGCCUGUGUUGCAUUUGCACUCUCUGUGGCUUCAAGACAUAAUAAGAAACUAAAAGGUCAACAAAUUGCGGCCCCAGUUCAGCUGCCUGAGGCAAAUUGUCAAUUUCACCUACAGUGAGACCCUUCUGGAUCCAAAGGUGCUAAGAUGCAAAAUUUAUUUUAAAUGUAUUUUACUACAAUCUAGGCAAAAAUCGUCUUUAAAAGGUAGACCGCAUAGUUUCUUCUUGCAAAGAGUGUUUCCAUUCUCCAUAGCAAGAAGAAUACCAGUGUUUCAAGGACAUUUGAUUGGGGGGGCACACGAGGGCACCGAGGCCUGGAUAAUCAGACCAAAUGGGUGAAAUCACUGUCACAAACUGGAACUGACAACACUGUUCUCUCCGCGGCCUGCAAAUAUGCUGAUGGAAGCAUUUCAUAACAGGCAAAUCUCAACACGACAACACAAAAGGCUGUCUGCAAUCACCAUACUUGAGUUCCAACUCAAAUACAGAUUUGAAAAGGUCACAAGCUAAAUUGCAUCUUUUCAUCUGUGGUCCGACCAACCAUUUGGACCACAGAUCCUCCACAGCUGUGAGGCAGGGAAGAUUCUCUUUUUAAACUUCAGCUUUCAGCUUUUCAAACCCCCUGCUGGUAAGGCAUUCUCCCCUGUAAAGAUCUUU